AUGCAGUGUAUUGUUCUCUUCUUCCUUAUUGUUACGCGCUGCGGUGCAGACCAAUCUGGCUUCUAUAGAUUAAAAGAUAAACCAGCGGUCCGCCGAGCACACGGUAUCGAAUUUGAUUCUAUUUCUAGAAGUACUCUACUUCAAGUAUUAGCGGCUUUUGAAGAAAAUAUAAAAAAUCGAUUGGGCACAAAUGCAAAACCAUAUUUUGUCGCCGAAUUUGCUAACAACAAAUACACAAGACCUUUUAUAUAUCCUAAGAUGAAAAGAAUA